AUGUUCGUCUCAGCAGCGCACCGGGGUCGCGCCAGCCACCCGGAACGGCAGCAGGAACAUCAGCCCACAGCAGCGAAACUCGCGGCCACUCUGGACGGCAGCCAGAACCAUGGAACUCGCCUGGUCCCUGGGCCAGUCACCCAGCCGCCUCCCCAGCCAUACAGCUUCGGCUACGAUAGCACCGACGAGUUUGGCACCCAGCUUUUCCACAAAGAACAAGGGGACGCCAGCAACGCGAAGACCGGUGCCUACGGAUACCGGGAUGCCAACGGUCUAUUCCGCACAGUGAAGUACGUGGCCGAUGCCAACGGUUUCCGUGCCACCAUCGACACCAACGAGCCUGGUACUGCUCCGGGCUCCAGCGCAGAUGCCGUGUUCAACGCUAAUCCUGUUGCGGCACCAGCGGCUGCUGGUGGUCGCUACGCGGGCGCAGGUGGUCCCUGGGCUGGCUAGUCAUUUUUUACAUA